AUGCGAUUGCAAGUCGCUACAAUUGUUCUAUUCGCCAUUUUCUGUGCUGUUAAUUCUCAGUUUGAUGAGAAGCUGGCUAGUAGAAAAUCAAUCUUUAUUAGUCUCGCCGCCGACUCGCCCUUCCUUGAUAAGUGCGUUGCGAAGGCGUUUGAUGAUGGAAAGGUAGGUGUUUGCUGCACUUCGUGUACUAUCAGAUGUAGAAAAGCUGCGUUGCAGCGGUGUACGUAUCAAUAUUAGUCUGUCGGGAAAAUAAUGAGCACUUUGUCGCAUCCAAAAUCUCAUCACCGCCGAGAAAAUGAAUUGUGUCGCGACAAAAUCAAGUUGCUUUUCAAUUCAGCGACACAAUUUCUGAUGCAACAAAGUGCUCAUUAUUUUCCCGACAAACUGAGAUUACACCGUUUCAAAGGUGCGUAGGCUUUUAGUUGCAAGUUUUAUGCAAGUGCAGUUGACCUUUUGCACCGUGCAAUUCGACAGACAUUGCACCGUGCAAAAAGUGGCAACUGCACGGUGCGCCGCGAACAAAGUCUACGCACUUUUGAAAGGGUGUCACAGUCCGUUCGGACAGUCGCUAAACUGAUUUCCGCGACAUGCACUGUGCAAAAACUAAAUUUUUUUUUGCACCGUGCAAUUUUUUGCUUUUUGCACCGUACAAUAGGCUUUUCUCGGCUGUCGCUCGUACCCUGACUUUUAAUGCAUAAUGCAAGCCCCAAAGACACCUCCAGCGAUUUUACGAACGGACUAGUACGUUGACCAUCUCGUAUCGCGGUUUUUAGACCACUCUGCGCGCCACCUCCGAAUGCGGACCCUCCCCAAUCGAAGCGCAGGUUUGCUUCGGAUUUGUCGGCUAUUCCGUGAAGCAGAAGGUGAUCUACGUCGGCUACAGGUAACCAUUUGACUUCACCAUCGAUUCCCCAAAUCUCAGAGGUUCAGUGAGUGUGGUCCAGCUCUCCUACGAAGUGUACCGGACCGUCUUCGAGGAGCAGCACGACGCGAAAAUUGGUGGAAAAAUCAGUGCCUACUUUUCGAUCGCCUCCCGCAAUCUGCGGAGCGCCGGCGUGAACGCGGAAGCGGUGCGGCUAGCGAACAAAUUCCCCUCCUUCCAACUCCUCAUCUCCGGCCACUCACUGGGCGGAGCGUUGGCGUCGAUCGCCGCCGGCGAACUGAUCGCGGUCGAUGGGAUUCGUGGCGAGCGGAUCACGCUGAUCACGUUCGGAGAGCCGAGAUCCGGCGAUUCCGAUUACGCGGAGGCCUUCGACAAGCUGGUGCCAUUUUCGUAUCGAGUGGAGAAUAGGCGCGACUUCUUCACGCAGAUUCCACCGCACAAGUUCGAGAAUUAUACCCACCACAAGACGGAGGUGUGGUAUCCGACGGGAGUGGAGAUUGGGAAUGAAUACAAAGUGUGCCGCGCGACGGAAGACCCAAAGUGUCAGGACUCGGUGAAUCCGGCCUUGGACCCACUGGAUCAUGGGUUGUAUUACUAUCAAGUUGUUCCGACCGCGUUGAAUGGAUGCCAAGUUUAA